CCUGUCUGUAAUUACAUUGAAUGAACUGCAGCCAGCAACCUCUAAGCCUGUAUAUGUGUAAUACCCUGCUAUGCAAGAUACUACUUUAUAUCUGACACUGUGCAGUGCACUACAACGCAUUUCUGUCAUUUCACAGGCAGAUAAUUCCCAACAGUCUCUGCAGCUGCUCAAGAGGUCAGGAGGUGGUCACAUGACCAAUUUCAGGUGUGACAGUUGGCGAAGGUUAGGCGGACAUCUUAGGGAGAGCACGGUGGUUGGACUGGCGUGAGGAGGUGCUGCGCAGGUUACCUGUAAAAGCCACUGUCCCCGUGACCGGAGUUAGAGAAAUGGCAACCAGAGAGCAGUGAGAGCCUCCCGCAGCAUAUCUACAGCUUCCAGUGAUCGCAGCUGACAUGGGAGUGUGGUGAUGUAGCUCCCAUCCUCUAUAGGGGCAGACUGAAGGCAGUUCCCAGCCUGAGAAAGGGGACGGUGCGUCAGUGAGCACAGUGAACAGGAGCUGGUGAGGAAACACUGAGUACAUUGCACCUUUCAGACCCAAGAACCCUUACUAAGAAUAUUCUGUCAGCAGUUUACCCUCUCCUUGCUGCAGCUGUUGUUAAAUCAUUUAGCAUUAAAGACUUACAGUUUAGAGACUGUGAAAAGAGGACAGCAUACGUGCCUAUACUUAUUUAUACAUGCCACAAUCAUACACUCAGUAUCAGCUGCCAUGCUUCUAGAGAGUCCAAGGAAAGUCAUUUCAUCUGUAACAGUUAUAUAUUAGUGGCCAACACAGUGAUAUGGACCGGUAGCUGCAGGCCAAAGUAGCCGAGACACAUUCAGCGGCUUAGAUACUUAGUGAUACAGGCGGCGCAUUCAGCAGCUCACCCUUAAAAGCAGAGAGGUGAGCCAAGGCCAAGUCUGGACCAAGUGAUACAGCUAACCUAGCUAGGUUCAUCACAGUGUUAGAGAUUAUGGACAAUCUCUGCUAAGGAACAGUUCUUUAGAUCCACCGUAAUAAAGUACAGCUGGCUAGUAACACAUUGGGCUCUGAGACUAACCAGGGUGUAAUUAGAAAGAUUUAGCAGUCUCCACAGUUACUGCAGCUGCAUGCAAGGUAACAUCGCUGCAAUUUCUCACAGACAGAACUCCAACACCAAGCCCUCUGACUACACGGAAUAAGCUGCCUUUCUUCUUGUGUCAUUUCUCCGCUAUUACUUUUAGCAUACCCAGAUUCAGUGAUUAAUCUCAGGAGAUUGACUAUCUAGAGAAAGUGCACUAUAACUAUGAAAUAUCUAUAUAUACUUAUAUGAACAUUACAGAGGUUACAAAGGGGCCCCAAUUAAAAGAGGUCCGCAUGCAGGAAAUGGUCUCUAUGGGUGUUGGCAACAAGCCGUUUCUGGACAUAAAGCCAAGUGACGCAGCAAUUAACAACCGCGCUAUUGAUUACAUCAUGAAGGGGAGAGGUGCCAGGACCAGGGCGUCUAUUGCGGUGUCCUUAUUUGAUCAUUCAGAUCCUUACAAAAGGACUCAGGCCCCCAUCACUUGCAGCUCUGUGCCCUCUGCUUGCGGACCCUCCUCGGCUUCACUGCUGGGUCCACUAAACCUGCAUAUGUAUGUCAAUCAGACCCUUCUGCCCGGAGUUCUCUCCGCCAACAGACCCUUUGAGACGAGCAAGGAAAUAUAUAGCAGCGCUACUGGAAAUAUUGUAUAAAAAUGCUAAUAU